AUGAAUAGAGAAGAGCGAAAGUCACAUCGACGUAUUCCACCCCCAAUAAUAGAAGCCCACGAAAUUCAGCAUGGCCAAGGCCAAGAAGCUGCUCCACUAUAUGCAGAAGACCCUAUUUCUACUGAGCCUCACGAUUUCCGAAAUGAAAUCCCAACAUUGGAAGUCUCAUUAGACGCCCAACGAACCCCUCAAAGGAGUGACCUUUCUCGAAACCCCCUCAGGUCUCACAAUCCUCGUUACUCUUACGAACACAGCAUUCAAAGUGACAGUGGCAGCAUAUGAGAAGACCCUCGAGCUCUGCAAUUCGAAGUCAGAAAAAAGCGUAGAGAACUAGAAGAAGUCAAGCGACGCUGCAUACAAUCAGAAAGCGAACUACAAAACGAGCGUUUAAAAUCAGCUUUACUAGAAGAGGAAAAUGAAAAUCUCAGGCGAGAAAUCAGAAGAAAAGAAAGAGAUAAAAGCGGAAAUCAAAAUACUGAAGGAGAAAUAGAAAGACUAAAGGCAAAUUUAGCAAAUAAAAUAAAAGAAAUUGAAUUAAUCACAAAAGAACUUCAAAGUAGCAAAAAUGAAAGGGAAAAGCUUAAAGAGCAUAUAAGAGUGUCAUGGCUAGAUUUUGAAGCUUUUAAAAAACAAAGCGAAGAAAAUGUGAGAUUUAUUUAGAGAGGAAGGCUGCAGCAGACUUUAGAAGAAGUUUCGGCUAACCAAAGAUUUGGGUCUCAGAGUGAAGCGAUUUCUCAGAUUACGCAACAGAAAAAUAAAAUUGCGUCAGAACUGCAAAAAGCGGAGAAAAAGAUCGGAGAGAUGAAAAAAGUGAUGGAAAAUUUAGAGAUAGGGAAAACUGAAGAAAUGGAGAAAAAAGAUAAAGAAAUAAGGAAACUUAAUGAGAUUAUAUCAAAACAAGAAGAAAUUAUGCUAUGUACUAAGAUUGAGAAGGAGGAGCUCAGCAGAAAAGUGAAAAAUGAAAAUAAAGAAACCCAAACUUUAGUAGAAAGACCUCCAGAGGUUAUUUUGCCACCGAGUACUGAAGUGGAAGAAUUAAAGCCUGAAAAAGUAGUGAAAAUUCGUAGUGAAAAUGCGCCAGAUGCUGAAGAAAUAAGAGAAAGCAUAGUAGAAGAAAUUUUACCUCCUGAGUCUGAAGAAAUGAAAUUCGAAUUUUCGGCUCCUUCAGAAAAUUAUUUUGAAAGGAUCAGCUAUUCAGACCCUUUUAUAGCUAGUAAUAAUGGAAAUAAGAAAAAGAAAGAAAAUACCUCACAUCAGACUUUUCAGCCAAUUUCUAACCUUUUUGGUAGUUUUUCAACUCCUUUUGAGGAAGAUAUAAACCCUGAAAUAACAAGAAUUCCGUCUCAUGAUGCAAUUAAAUCUGAGGAACCUGAAAUCCAAACUUGGUUUCAGGAGGAAACUAAAGAAAAUGAGAAUGAAAAAAUUAUAGAUAAUCCUCAAGUGCAUUUAUUUGAGGAAAAGACUAAUUCUGAUUAUUUUUUUAGUAAUGGACCGGCUGAUGUGACAGAUUUCUUUAAUAAUGUCGACCAGCUUAACUCUUGUGAGCCUUCAACCCAGGCUCUUAAUUCCUUACAACAAAGCAAUAAACAAAACUGAUUUAACCAAAAUAUUGAAGACAUAUUUGAUCCUAAAAUUAAUGCAUCCUCUAAAAUUACUUCGGGGUCUCCUCAAAAUCUAUUUAACAAUAGCCUAGAAAAUUUAUUUGACCCUGAGCCUCAGCCGCUAUUAAAUCAGAAAAAUUUAUUUGAAAUCCAGCCUCAGCCGCCUAAUCAAAAAAAUUUAUUUGAAAUAAAACCUCAGCCACCCCAAAAUCAGAAAAAUGUAUUUGAAAUAAAUCCAGCUCAGAAAAAAUUAGCCGAAGCAUCUCAAAGCACAAAACAAGCUAAUCAAAAAAUGUUUGAUGAAAACAUAGAAAGUCUAUUUAAUUUAAACUCAAACCCAUCAAGUUUCCCUCAAUAUAAUCAAAAUAUUGAAAAUAGAUUUGAAAUUCCCAAAGCUCACAAAUCUUCUCAAAGUCAAAUAAUUACUAAAACUUCUAGCUUUAUGCCUGAACCUCAAGAAAGUGCUGAUUCCCCCUUCCGUGAGGAACAAAAAAAUUUUGUUCGCACAGGAGGGGGGUUAAAUUUUUUUUUAAAAAUCUAUAUAUUAAUUUUAUGGUAAAUUUUUUUUUCGAAAUUUUAAAAAAAUCCUAAUUUUGGAAAGCAAAUAUUAAUUUAAUUUGUAAAAUUUAUGUUUUAAAAUGCAAUUUGUUUUAAAAAAAAAAAGAAUUAGCUAGAAACUUCAUUAUACUAAUUAUCACUUAUAUAUUAAAAUUUUUUUUUUUAAUAGAAAUUUUUUAUAUUAAAAAAAUUUUUUGUUCGCGGAGUGGGUUUUUGGGCUAAAAAUAGAGAUUUUUCUAACGGUUUUGUUCGCUCAUGGAGGGGGGGAGUGAGGAUUUUUUUUCUAAUCUAACAAACAACAAAAAUCCUGGCUUCGCCUAUGGAGGCAUCCCAAGCAGCUUAUUUGAUUAA